GUUGUUCAUGUAAGCGCUAAUUUUCGAAAAGAUUAAAUGUUUGGUAGGAUACGGUCGUAAGAAAAAAUGUAAAAGAUAAUGUUCCAUAUCAUAUAACAUUAUGUUCGACGUUAAUAAAUAUAUCAAUGUGUUUUACAACGAAAAAUACACCGUACAGUGAACAAAUAAAUGAUUAAGUAUCAUUCGUCUGUCUCACGAGCCUGAAUCCGACUCUGGUUUAUCCUGCACUGUUUAGAAAAAACAGUGUUGUUGUAACUCUCGGUACAAGACUCUAAAAUAACCUAAAAAAGGAGCACUGCCGCAUUUCAAUGGCAGGUGCUGCCACCUACCGGUAAGUGAUGUGAAACCCACAUUUAGAAAUCAGGAAGCGCUACAGUGCAUUCUUAAGAUAGUAUAUAUAUAUAUAUAUAUAACUGUGCUUAAAUAGUAUUUAGCUUUAUUAAUAUUUAGAAAAAAACACCAAUGUUUCCAUGUCAAGUCCCGCACUUUAUUGUCUACUUAAACCUCCAGUCAGUCCUCUGACAAAUGCACAAAUUCUGCACAAGCCGUUUAAGGAUUUACGUAAUAUUUAAUUCUGUCAAACAGAAGGAUGGACGGAUCCCUGCUGGCAUUAAGAGGAAAAGAGUGAGACAGAAAUCCAAACGGAGUGAUGGGAGGAAACAUUUGGUGAUUGCUCUGGAUUAGAGGAUUAUAGAGGCAGCUGACUGCACUCAGAGUCUCCACCAGCAUCACUGUCCUCGGUCCCGUCGUCUCUGUCCCCCAUCAUCACUCACUCUGCUGCAGUCAGUGAAGUCAGCCGACAGGUAGAGGUUGAUGGUUCAGGAUGGCGCUGUUCCUAGGUCUCAGCAGCAGGACAGGUUUUCCUCCAUCCUGGAGAAAUUCCGUCCCUGGGCAGAAGAGGCAACAUCGGAGUUAAACUACCAAACAAACCUACAACAUUGAAGAACUCCCCCCUGGAGGAAACAUGCAUCUCCCCCUCUCUGCUCUGCUCUUCUUUCUCACUGCCCUCCCUCCACCUCCGUUCUUCUACUCUUUAGUCCAGGGUUCUCACAGGUGUCCACGUGACUGUGCUUGUUACGAGCACGCCGACCUGGGGGACUGUCGUGGUCGUGGCUUCCAGCGCGUUCCCAGGGGCAUCCCACCCGGUACCUGGCUACUGGAGCUGGAGAAGCCCCCCCCCCGAGCCUUCGCUGGACUCUGGUCCCUGCGAGUGCUGGUGAUGAAGAACAGCCACAUACAGGUUCUCCAACCACAGGUUUUUUUCUCCUUGUCUUUCCUGGAGAAGUUAGACCUGAGCUGGAACCAGCUGACGUCUCUCCCUGCCGACUUCUCCACCAGUCUGUUGGCCCUGAAGGAGCUCCGCCUGGAGCACAACCAUCUGAGUUAUAUUCCUACAAACAGCUUCCUGUUUCUGGACAACAUGGAGAAGCUGGACCUCAGUUAUAACAAGCUGACCUCCCUGGGCCCUGGUGCGUUCAGGGGCCUCUCCAGGCUCAGACAGCUGUACCUGCACAACAACAGACUGUCUGUGGUGCAGCAGGGCAGUCUGGACAUGCUGCCUGGACUAGAGGUGAGGAUUUAUAACCAGAAGCUGUGUUCUCACUUCGUCAGUCUGCACACAACAGCCACUCACAUCCAUCUGUCAGGAAACCCCUGGACCUGCGACUGCGAUCUGCACCGUGUCUUCAGUAAGAUCCUCCACGUCCGUCACCUCUACAUCGACGACUACAGGAACGUGACGUGUCAGGAUCCGCCUCAGCUGACCGGAGCGUCGCUGUCCUGGUUGGACAGUCACCUGUGCAUGGCGGAGACGGCCACCGUGCUGGUCAACGCCAUCACCGUCAUGGUCACCGUGGUGGCGGCCAUUGUGAUGGCAGAGAGGAACAGGCAGAGGAACCGAGGGAAGAACUGGGACAGCGAGUCUCAAACCCAGAGCCCACGCUCCUGAGAGCAGGCGUGAAGCGUCGGAGAGAAUGACCUCACAGUGACAGACAGUAUGUUCUCAUUUCUCAUUGGACGAGAGACAAAAUCACUUCGGUCAGUUUUUCUUUGUUGUAUUUCUAAUUCACUAUAUGUUAAAUAUAAAACAGUAUCUUUAUGUGUCGUAUUUAUUCACUCUGAAACAUGAGUGAAGCUCAGAGGAAGUGUGAGGUGACGGCAGAGUUUAGACAUUUUUUUAGAUUCCAGAAAGUUUCUGACUGGACGAUUGAGUGUUUGAUGAAAGAGAGUGAGUU